AUGAGAAAGUCCAACGACGAGAUGAACGAGCCGAGUGAGGCAAAGAUGUCGUCCGAGGGAGACCAGCCCGCAGCCAAGCGCCCUCGCCUCGACACCACCGCCGACUCGCCCUCGCUCGUCGAGCACGCGUUCGCCUCGAGCGCGAGCGGGCUGUUCAGAGUGUUGGCAGACUCGCUCGGGAAGCGCGCAGCGACAGAGGACGAGGUCGGGAUCACGCAGUAUGUCAGCCCAGAGGUAGACUCGUUCUCGGGCAUCAUCAAACACAGGUUCACCGACUUUCUCGUCUACGAGGUCGGACUCGAUGGAGAGGUCGUGCGGCUCAAGGACAUUGACGGGCCGAUGGGCAAGAAGGGAAAGGGAAAGCGGGACGAGGAGGACAAGGGUCAGAUCAGCGCAAAGGCGGCCGCUUCGGGCUCGCAGAGUGCCGCUGCAGGAUCCACCGUGUCGGGAAUGAGCGUCGAAUCGGUCGGAGACGACGUCGACGGGAAAAAGAGCGGAUCCGCCGCGAAGGACGAGACGACGCCUCUCUGGACCGCCGACACCGAGACGCGGCUCUCGCCGCUCUUCACCUCCUCGCCCGCGAAACUCGCAGAACUGAAGAGCUUCAUCGAAGCCGGUCCUCCCUCAGGCAAGAAAGACUCGAAGCGUACAUUCGUGACCGACCCCAUCCCGGACAAAUCCCUCCGCGGCAGAUUCCACCAAUCCAUCCGCGAAGCGUUCUGCUCAAAGCUCGUUUCGGCGCACAAGGAGAACGAGGGUGGCGAGCCGUCGAUCGAGGUCUCUUGGGCGACUGGGGGUGCGCAGGGGAGGGGAGGAAGGGGAGGGGCAAGGGACCGUGAGGGUGGUCAGCGAGGCGAACGACCCGACUUCUCCGCCCUCCCUCCCUUCAUCCACUUUACCCUCCUGAAGACCAACAAGGAAUCGCACGACGCCAUGACCACCCUCAUGCGGUACUUUAACCUCUCUUCUUCGCGCGACCUCGGUGUCGCCGGUACGAAGGACAAGCGCGCCAUCACCGUCCAGCGGGUCAGUCUGAAGCGCGGGAGGACAGUGACGGUGGAGGAUGUUUGGAGGGCGGUGAAGAAUGGUGGGAUGGGCGGAGGGGGAAGGGGUGGACGAGGGGGGAGGGGCGGGAGGGGAGGGAGGCAGGGAGGAGGGAGGGGAUUCGUCGAUUAUGCAAUCAGGAUUGGGGAUGUCGAGUACGCGGAUGAGGCGCUCGAGCUCGGCAAGCUCAAGGGCAACAAGUUCGUUGUCACGCUGAGGGACGUCAAGACCCCCUCCAUCGCGACGAUCCACUCAUCCGUCGACUCGAUCCGCUCUCACGGUUUCAUCAACUACUACGGCAUGCAACGCUUCGGCACCGCGCCUAUCCCAACACACGCAGUCGGCCUCGCGCUCUUGCGAGGCGAGUGGGCGCUCGCGGCGGAGAUGGUCCUCAUGGAGCGCGAGGGAGAGAGGCAGGAUACGGUGCUUGCGAGGCGGCUGUUCAAGGAGGGAAAGGUCGCGGAGGCAGCGAGGGCGAUGCCGAGGAGGGCGGUCGCCGAGAGGGCAGUCCUCGAGUUCUACAACCGCCACGGCACGUCGAACCACCUCGGCGCCAUCUCCUCGAUCCCGAAGAAUCUGCGGAUGAUGUACGUCCACGCGUGGCAGUCGUACAUCUGGAACCGCGUCUUGAGCGAGCGGGUCAAGCUGUUCGGCGCCAAGAAGCCGGUUGAGGGCGACCUAGUCUACGCCGAUGAAGGAGGAGACGACGAUGUUGUCGUUGCGGAGGACGAGGAGGCGGUCGUGGCGGAGGACACGGCGGCAGACGAACCGGCUGCGGCGGAGGAGACCGGACCCGCCUCGACGCCUGCGAAUCCUCAACUCGCCCAUUGGAUCGCCACCUCGAAAGUCCGCAAGGUCCGCGCCCUCACCGCCACCGAUAUCGCCUCGGGCAAGUAUAGCAUCUACGACGUCGUCCUCCCCAUGCCCGGAUUCGCGGUCGUCUACCCCGCUGGCGAGCUCGGCGAGGUCUACAAGCGUGUGAUUCGCGAGGACGGGAUCGACCCGGAUGACAUGUGGCGCAAGCAGAAGGAGUACUCGCUCGGCGGAACCUACCGCAAGAUCGUCCACCUCCCGCAAGACGUUUCGUACCGCCUGCUCAUCUCGACCUCGCCGAACGAAGACCUCGCACAGAGCGACGAGGACCGCAUCCUCGGCAAGCCUGCGCCGAAAGCGAGGGAGUACAAGGAGGGCGACGGGCCGCUCAAGGAAGGAGAGAGCUUGGCGCUGCAGAUCGAGCUAACGCUCGGGUCGUCUACCUACGCGACCAUGGCGCUGCGAGAAGUCCUCAAGUCGCGGACGAGCGCAGCGAACCAGAAGUCGCUUACGCAGGAGAUGGAGGCGCGCUUGCAGAACGACGCGGAGAAGAGGCUCGAUGGCGCGCAGUAG